AUUGACAAAAAGAGAAUUCCUCUCUCUCUCUCUCUCUCUUUCUUUUCCUCUUUCUCUUUGUUUCUUAACAUUAACAAUAGAAGAAGAAGCAGAAGAAGAAGCAGUUAAAAAUGGAUGAUGGUGUUAGUGGCAACGUCGAUGCCAACAAUGUGGCUCAAGCUAUCGCCACCGCAAUUCACUGGGCAACUCCUCCCGGAGCACGAAAAGCCGCACUCGCUUAUCUCGAUUCAAUCAAGACAGGUGAUAUACAGACGUUAGCAAAUACAGCAUUCCUUUUGGUAAAAAGGAAUUGGUCAUCUGAAAUCCGGUUACAUGCUUUUAAAAUGCUGCAGCAUUUGGUGCGUUUAAGGUGGGAGGAACUAAGCCCUAUAGAGCGCAAGAACUUUGCAAAUCUCUCUGUUGAUUUGAUGUCUGAGAUUGCAGAUCCUUGUGAAGAGUGGGCUCUUAAAAGCCAGACAGCUGCCCUUGUUGCUGAGAUAGUUAGAAGAGAGGGUGUUAAUCUAUGGCAAGAAAUGCUUCCAUCUGUGGUUUCUCUAUCCAGCAAGGGUCCAAUACAUGCUGAGUUGGUUUCAAUGAUGCUGCGGUGGCUUCCUGAGGACAUUACCGUUCACAAUGAAGACCUAGAAGGUGAUCGCAGAAGGCUACUUUUGCGUGGGCUAACUCAAUCAUUGCCUGAAAUUUUGCCACUAUUAUACACUUUACUAGAAAGGCACUUUUCAGCUGCAUUAAAUGAAGCUGGUAGAAAAGAGAUGGACAUUGCCAAACUGCAUGCUGCAACUGUAACAGCCACUUUAAAUGCAGUAAAUGCAUAUGCUGAGUGGGCUCCAUUGUCCGAUCUCGCUAAUUCUGGCAUCAUUAAUGGUUGCGGUUUCCUACUUUCUGCUCCAGAUUUCCGUCUUCAUGCUUGUGAGUUUUUCAAACUUGUCUCCCCAAGGAAGAGACCCAUUGAUGCAACUUCUUCUGAAUUUGACCAAGCUAUGAGCAGCAUCUUUCAAAUAUUGAUGAAAAUGUCUAGAGAAUUUUUGUACAGAUCUGGUUCUGGUCCCGGGUCUAUAGAUGAGGGUGAAUAUGAAUUUGCUGAAUAUAUAUGUGAAAGUAUGAUGUCACUGGGUUCUUCUAACUUGCCAAGUAUUGCUGGAGAUAGCACCAUACUUCCUCUUUACCUAGAACUGAUGCUGGGAUUUUUCCAACAUUUCAAGUUUGCAAUUCAUUUUCAAUCCCUGCACUUCUGGCUGGCGUUAAUGAGGGAUUUAAUGUCAAAGCCAAAAGUUUCCACACAUUCAGCUGCUGACAGUUCAGCUGUUGGUAGCUCAGGUUCCGGAGAGGUUGAAAAUGCUAAGAAAAAGGCUCUAAGCUUUGUGAAUGAUGAUUUUUGUGGUGCAAUUUUGGAUACAACUUUCCCUCGCAUGCUCAAGAGAGAAAAGAUUCUGCAUGAAACUGCACUUUCUUUAGGGGUAUUAGAGUUAUGGAGUGACGAUUUUGAGGGCAAGGGUGAAUUCAGCCAGUAUCGUUCUAGGCUGUUGGAGCUGAUUAAGUUUGUUUCUUCUUACAAACCGCUAAUAGCUGCUGCUAAAGUUUCUGAAAAAAUUGAUACAGUUAUCAAGAGGCUCUUGAUUUCACCAGCGCCAACUCAGGACUUAGCUGUGAUGGAAAGCAUGCAGUUAGCUUUAGAGAAUGUUGUGAAUACAGUUUUUGAUGGAUCAAAUGAUUUUGCCAAGGCGAAUGGUGAAGUUCAGUUUGCAUUAUGUAGAACAUUUGAAGGUUUACUUCAACAAUUCAUUUCCUUGAAAUGGACAGAGCCUUCACUUGUAGUAGUACUUGGUCACUAUUUGGAUGCAAUGGGCCCCUUUUUGAAAUAUUUCCCAGAUGCAGUUGGCAGCGUUAUCAAUAAACUAUUUGAACUUCUAACAUCCCUUCCCUUUGUAACCAAGGAUAUGCCUGUGCGACAUGCAAGGUUGCAGAUUUGUACAUCAUUUAUUCGUAUAGCGAAAGCUGCCGACAAAAGCAUUUUGCCUCAUAUGAAGGGCAUUGCUGAUACCAUGGCAUGUUUGCAAAGGGAGGGUCGUUUGCAUAGGGGAGAGCAUAAUAUUCUAGGCGAAGCUUUUCUUGUUAUGGCUUCUUCUGCUGGGAUUCAACAGCAGCAAGAAGUUUUGGCGUGGUUACUAGAACCUUUGAGCCAAGAAUGGACUCAAUUGGAGUGGCAGGAUAAAUAUUUGUCUGAUCCCCACGGUUUGGUUCUGUUAUGCUCAGAAACGUCAGUUAUGUGGUCAAUUUUUCACACCGUGACAUUCUUCGAGAGGGCACUUAAGAGGAGUGGGUUGAAGAAAGCUAAUUGGAAUUCAGAAAACAGCUUGACACCAAAUUCAACACCUUUAAAUCCAAUGGCCCCUCAUGUAUCAUGGAUGCUGACUCCUCUCUUGAAACUACUUCGCUGUAUACAUUCCCUUUGGUCUCCAUCUAUAAGUCAAGCUUUACCUGGAGAGAUCAAAGCUGCAAUGACCAUGAGUGAUGUUGAGAAGCUCAGUCUUCUUGGGGAAGGGAACCUAAAAUUGCCGAAGGGUUCAUUGACUUUCCCGGAUGGAUCUAAUGUUGACAUGAGUAAGGAAGGAUAUGCCGAACCAAUUGAAUCAGAUAAACGAAAUUGGUUGAAAGGCAUCAGAGACAGUGGAUAUAAUGUAUUGGGCUUGUCAACAACCAUUGGGGAUUCAUUUUUCAAAUACUUGGAUGUGCACUCUGUUGCUGUUGCCCUAAUAGAGAAUAUACAGUCAAUGGAGUUCAGGCAUAUGAGGCAGCUUGUUCAUUCCACUUUGAUUCCGUUGGUAAAAAAUUGUCCUUUGGAUAUGUGGGAGAUUUGGCUGGAAAAGCUUCUACACCCAUUAUUUGUCCAUGCUCAACAAGCUCUCAGCUGUUCAUGGUCAAGUCUUCUACAAGAUGGUAGAGCAAAGGUUCCAGAUGUUCAAGGCGUUCUUAGUGGAUCAGACUUGAAAGUGGAAGUGAUGGAGGAAAAGCUCCUGAGGGAUCUUACACGUGAGAUGUGUUCACUCCUCUCUGCCAUUGCUUCUCCUCCUCUUAAUACUGGACUCCCUUCUUUGGAACAGUCUGGGCAUGUUUUUCGUAUAGACAUGUCUUCUCUGAAAAGCUUGGAUACAGUUGCAUCAUGCUCUAUGGUCGGUUUCCUUCUAAAGCAUGAAGGCCUGGCCCUUCCAACACUACGUAUGUGCUUAGAAGCUUUUACAUGGACAGAUGGUGAUGCUGUGACAAAAAUUUCUUCUUAUUGCUCUGUGUUGGUAGUUCUUUCAAUUGUAACAAAUCAUACGGAACUUGUAGAAUAUGUUUGUAGAGAUCUUUUUACUUCCAUUAUUCAAGGUUUAGCCCUUGAAUCAAAUGCAAUGAUCAGUGCUGAUCUAGUUGCCAUCUGCCGUGAAAUAUUUGUAUAUCUUUGUGAUCGACACCAAGCUCCCAGGCAGGUUUUGCUGUCUCUUCCCUUUAUUACCCCUCAUGAUUUACUUGCUUUUGAGGAGUCUUUAACGAAAACAUCCAGUCCAAGGGAACAAAAGCAGCUCAUGAAAAGCUUGCUUCUAUUAGCAACUGGUAACAAAUUAAAAGCACUUGCAGCUCAGAAAAGUGUAAACAUCAUUACAAAUGUUUCAAUGAGACCACGCAGCUCAGCCAAUGCUCCAGAGUCCAAAGCCAAUGAAGGAGAUGUUGUGGGGUUGGCAGCCUUCAUGUGAUAUUAUUCUGUGCUCAGGGAAGGUUUUGUGUACAGGAGUGACCUCAUACUGAAAAGAUUUUAUUUGCUAACUCGGGGUGCGAGACCAUUUCUUCCCCUGCAACCUUUACAAAAUGAGAAAGAGUGUGAGUACAAUAUUUUAUGUCCUUCCUUGGUUCCUCUGUUUCCUCUUAGCAACAUGUGAAUCGGACUUAUUGUAUGCAGAGGUUCUUUCUUUAUUUGUAGUAUAUGUAUAGUUCUCUGCAGCAUAACAGAACCACAAUU